UUUUUUUUUUAUUAUUAUUAAUGAAUACAUCACAAUGACAGAAAUCACUUCACCUCUAAUUGCACCCAAUAGAACAGUACUUCAACCGAGCUAUUCAACCAUAACACAACGACCAGAACAAGAGUCUGAACAACAUCACAAAGACGACGAACAAGAGGAAUUAGGACUUGUUGGGAAACCAAUAAGUAAUUCUACAUUCACUUUAUGGCAAAGCAAAUCCUAUCUAUCUUCAUUAGUAGCUCUCAUCUUAUUACUGAUUACUUUUACCGCUUUGGAAUUUGCUUUAUUAAAGUUGAAUUUACCGUCAGUAGAUGAGGAAGAUAGGGAUGCUCUGAAAUUCCCAAGAAACUUGGAAGACUUACGGCAAUUGAAUCGAAUACUCUCUGUUUAUAUGGAUAAACACUUUAUCAAUGUUUAUGUCACUUUUGUGGCUACAUAUAUUUAUCUUCAAAGUUUCUCUAUUCCUGGUUCUAUGUGGUUAUCUAUACUAGGAGGUACACUGUUUGAUUUUUGGCUUACUUUAUUUACUGUUUCAAUGUGUUCUGCUGUUGGUGCUACACUUGCAUAUAUUAUCUCAGGAAGUCUUGGAUCAAAAGCAGUGAUACAUUUGAUUGGAGAUAGAAUUGCCUCGUGGAAUGAACAGUUGGUGCGACAUAAAAAGCAUAUGUUGAAUUAUUUGAUUGUAUUGCGUAUUGCUCCUUUUCCUCCCAACUGGACUAUCAAUUUGGGUGCUCCUCAUUUGGGUGUUCCAUUAUCUUCAUUUUUCUGGGGAACUUUUAUAGGUGUCACUCCUCCUUCUUUUAUCCAUGUACAAGCUGGUGCUGCUAUUGAUCGACUUUCUUCUUCUGACAAGUUAGUGAUUCUGACUCCUAUCAAUGUAGCAUGUCUUAUUGGAAUAGCCAUUGCUGCUCUGAUACCUGUUAUCAUCAGAAGGUAUUAUCCUUUGUAGAAUAGGCUCUCUAUUAUUGUAUUAUAGUCUUUUAUAUAUAUAUAUUUUGAAAUAAACUUAUUUUUCC